AUGGAUAUACACACAAGCGUUGCGAACUACAAGUUCAAUUUUAGCGUUGAGAUCAUCCCUAUCUGCAAGGACGAUCUGGUUGCUUUACCGAUUAAGCUGGCCCGCUCGUUGUCUGACAUAAGCCCGCUCGCUAUCUGUAACCGGGUAGGCACGUCUAUCAAUCUUUUGGACCCUUGCACCCUGCGGACAACCGAUCUUCCUACUAGCACUUACUGGCGCCAGCCAUUCCCGAAUCUUGCGGAUACCACCGAGCUGAGGGAAUUUAUCGUCUUAGACAUUGAAUCCACCGGCCACUCUAAUGGUCGGUACCUCCUAUCUGAGGCCACAGUUGCUCGUGCUUCGGAUCUAGGAUCCAACGAUAUCACCUAUUUCACACGGACUCACCUCGGUGGUGUUCUACACGUGGGUGAUUCUGUUCUCGGGUACCAUUUGUCAGGAACCCAGUUCAACAAUGAUCAAUUCGAAGCAAUUGAGAACAGCAACCAGUACAGCUCAACAAUUCCGGAUGUGGUCCUUAUCAAGAAGCACUAUGUCCGCAGCAAGAAGUCCAAGGCCCGCAGCUGGCGUUUGAAGCGCAUGGCUCGCGAGCACGAAGAGGAGGCGACUGCCGCUGUGGUCAACGUUCCCACAAGCAAGCGCCAGGAGCAGGAGCAGGCUAGGAUGGAACAAGAUUACGAAAUGUUCUUGCGUGACGUUGAAGAAGAUCAGGAACUGCGUCAAACCCUCGAUCUGUACAAAAACCGCCAGUACCAGGUCAGGGCAGACCAGAUGGAUGAGGAUGGUGAUGAUGACAUGGACGAGGAUGGACAAGCCUUGCCGAAAAUCAACAUGGAUGAGCUGCUUGAUGACUUUGAUGAGUUGAACAUGGAGGACAACGAGUAG